AUGUCGGUCCCCAAUGUCUCGCGGGUGCCUCUGGGCGGCGACUUGGCUUCGCCAGUCAGCCCCUCGAGCCCACCCUCUGAUGGGAGCUUUGCCAUGAACCAGAAGCUCGCGCGUAAUCCCUCACAUACCAAGAGUCUACAAAAGUCCAAGACGGUCUCUGAAAUUCAAGUGCGGCAUUCCCGCAACCUCACCUAUCAAUGGGAAGCGCCCCUCGACAAAGUCCCUGAAAUCGUCGACGAGAGACAGCAAGGAUGGAAGGCCGUUGACCAGAUCCGCCACCGCCUCAUUCCCGACCUCCUCGUCCCCCUCGACCCCCUGUCACAGCACAUUCUUCUCAAGACGGGCGCAGAUCCUGCCCGGAAGGGAUCAUUCCUCGGUCUUCUUAGUAUGCGGGGAGGAAAGAAGAAGGACGAAGGCGCCGACGACGACGACUCGGAUCUGAGCGAAAAGCGCACCGAUGGCACGAAUGCCCUUGUAUUUUCGGGCGGCUCCGGCGGCGGGGGCUACGUGUAUAUACCCCAUCACAAAGAACCGCCGCGUUACAUCAAAUUUAGGCGGCAUCACAAAAAGGGCGAUCAAGAUACCGGCGGCGCUGUCUGGGCGUUGGCAUUCAGCAACUGCGGUCGAUAUCUCGCCGCGGGCGGCCGUGAUCAGGUUGUUCGGGUAUUCGCUGUUCUCGCCACGCAUGAAGAUCGAAAACUCCACGAGGAAGAGGAGACGAACGACGACAUGAACCGCGAAAAGCUUUCCGCCCCCGUUUUCCGCAGCAAACCGAUCCGUGAGUUCAAGGGCCACACGGGCGAGGUGCUGGACUUGAGCUGGAGUAAAAACAAUUUCCUGCUGUCGACCGCCAUGGAUAGGACGGUACGCCUCUGGCAUAUGAGCAGGGACGAGUGCCUGUGUGCCUUUCAGCACAAGGAGCCGGUAGCAAGCGUCGCCUUUCAUCCGCGAGACGACCGCUUCUUCCUUGCCGGGAGCGUAGAUUCUAAUCUUCGUCUCUGGAGUAUCCCCGACAAGUCGGUCGCGUACCAGGCCCAGUUGCCCGAGGUCGUGACGGCUGUCGCGUUCAGCCCCGACGGGACGACGUCCAUUGCCGGAACUCUCCACGGCCUCUGCCUCUUUUAUGAGACGGACGGUCUCAAGUAUCACACGCAAAUCCACGUGCGGUCGUCGAGGGGCAAGAAUGCCAAGGGGAGCAAGAUUACGGGUCUGCAGGCGAUGCCGAUCCCCGUCAACGGCGGUGAAGGCGACGUAAAGGUCUUGGUAACGUCGACCGACUCUCGCAUUCGCGUGUACAAUUUGAAGGACAAGAGCCUGGUGGCAAAGUUCAAGGGCCACGAGAACCAGUUUACGCAGAUGCGCGCCAGCUUCAGCGAUAACGGCCAGUACAUUAUCUGCGGAAGUGAGGACAAGAAGGCGUACAUCUGGUCCAUUAGCUCGACGGACGCCGAAAGCAAGGAUAAACGGCCCUAUGAGUCGUUUGAUGCGCAUACUGAGAUGUUGACGGCCGCCGUGUUCGCUCCCACAGCCACCCGCCGGUUGCUGGGCCACUCGGGAGAUCCAAUCUACGAUCUCUGCAAUCCGCCGCCUGUUACCCUUCUAAGCAGGGAAGAGGCGACCAUGAGCCAGACUGGGCUUUCUGAGCACAGCCAUCCCGAGGCUCUGGCGCCGGUGGUGCGCAAGCCGGAUGAGUCCCCGCGUAUAUCGCGAGCCUUAUUCGACAUCGCCAAGUUUGCGCAGCGUGUUCCCCAACAGCCCGGCCUCGGAGAGGGCGCCGUCCAGGAUGGCCCACCUACCCCCGGCUUUGCCUUUCGACCGAUUGAGGAGAAGAGUGAGGAGGCAAAGCCGGAAAGCGGUAGAACGCAUGCGCUCUGGAGCAUCACGUCCCGCUUCAAAGGAAGGCGAACGGCGAGCGGGGCCACCAUCCUUGGCGGUGCCGGCGCCGACGCCAAGGACAAGGCGCGCUCGAAUCUCGCUUCCGAGGGCGAGUCUCCCAUGGAGGUACAGUCCCAGCGCGCCAACGGCAGGGCGUUUGAUGCGCAGCCCUAUUCGUACCCACUCGACUACGGCGAGCAGGUCCGACGUCAACAAGCGGGAGAGCAAGACUCGGUGUCGGGGGAGUCGGAGACGGCGUCCGAGUACAUGACGGACGAGGGAGAGGAGGCGGCGUGCGACAAGUGCGGCAACCGGGAUUUCAAGGCCAAGAAGAUUAACGGCAAGCAGAGAUUUUUGUGCAGCAGGUGCGGAACGCUCGUGGCGGCGCUCAGCAACUGA